GAGCUACAGGAAGAAGGGCUAUGGCAAGAGACUCCUUAAGGAACUCGCUGGAGAGGUGCUCAAGGUUGGGGGCAGGCGGCUCGAAUGGAGUUGCCUGGACUGGAAUGAGCCCAGUCUGAAGUUCUACGAAAGCGAGAUCAUAGGGGCGCAAAGGAAGACUGCAUGGGUCGGCUUGCGAGUGGACGGUGAGGCAUUGGAGAAGCUUGCAAAGUCGUAAUCUUCAGGGACAAGAAUUCAUCUUAUGCUUGCUGAGACUUCGCCCUGAUUCUCGUUUGCUCUUACAUGAUUGAGGAGCGGCCACGUGAACACGCGGAGAUAGGUCCGUGCGCCAUAAUCGUUAUACCGUCUUACAUCUGCGACUGCACCUACGCUCCUGACCUCUCAGGCCUCAAUCAACUCAAAUCCGGACUACCUCGACGUUGCAACUCGCAACACCGCCAUGGCCAACCCGCCUUUCAUGGUCAAAUCAGCUGAGAUCGAAAGUUGUUGGGAGCAGCUACGCAAAUUACUACAGCGCGAGUACGAACAAACCGCGCUCAACGAAUGCCAACAAUCCGUCAGUCUUCAUGAAGGCCUUGAGAAUAUUCUUCAUCUCACCACCGACUUGGAUGGUUCCCCGACCCCCACUAUCGAUUGUAUCAAAUCAAAUCUGGGCGUUGAGCGGGAUUUCAGCAAGGAUAUCGAAAAAGCUACGGAAGCAUACAAUGUCGCUGUAUGUCGCAAUAUUGGACCUGCUAUGUACAAAAGAUUACCACGAGAAUUGCGCGAUAUGGUCUAUGAGUAUUUGACUACGAGCAAACUGCAUAUCACCUCUACCACUGCGUUCCUUGCUGUGGAGAAUUCUAAGACAGACAUACUUUGCCCAGAGCGCUACUGGCGAGCCAGUGUCAUCGGUUCCGAAGUAGCUCAUGAGCUCAAAGAAUCCUGGUACCGGAACACCACGUUCCGUGUAGAUGGCAAUAUGUCCAUCAAGACGCUGCUCGAUAAAGACCGUUUCGGCACAGGUCUGGAACCCCGCGAUCUCAUCAACAAACUUACACGACAAAUCUCAGUCGUGGGAUAUACGACAAAAGAUGGAAACGUGCAGAUCCUGCUAAAUCUCUGCGAACUGUUCCUGUUGAGAACAGUGACACAACUACACGUUAACGUAUAUAUAUCCCACGUCAGGACUGCGGUAAUGGAGGACAUGUUACGGGUAGUUCUGCGGCUUAUACGUUCAACGAUUCUACGUUUGCGGGAAUCAGGAUAUCAGUGUUCAGUCACAGUAGACGAGAGAUGUAUGGAAGGCAUAUCUCCAGAGACUAUCAGGAAUUGGGAGGACGACCUCGAAGCGGAGGUAAACAGAGGUAACAGUCCCGCGCUGGGCGGGGUCUAGAGGAAGAAGGUAGAUGACCUGUUGCAACAAGAAGAUGGCAGUGU